GACGGCGUCGCCCUCUGCUCUCUAGCUUCCUCCUCACCUCCCAGGCGCCGGUGGCCUCCUCCGGCGAGCCAGCGAGAUAGGCGGGGCCGGCCAGAUCCGGCGGCCUCUUGCUCGGGCCAUGGCGGCGCCAGCCAGAUCUGGCGGCCUCGAGCUCCAUGCGGCUACGGCGAGCGGCGGGCGCGCGGCCGGAGCGUCGCCUGCGGGCGCGUGCAGUAGCAGCUCCCCACCCCCACCCCACGACGGAGCAGGGCCCCGCCUCCGACGGCGGGCCUGCGCGCGGGGCGGCAGAGCAGGGCUUCGCCCCCGUGGCGGGCCUCGCGCGCGGCGGCCGCGUCCUUGUCCGCCUCGUCGACCUAGGCGCGCACGGGCUCCUCCACCGCGUCCUCCCGAGCUCGCCUCACCGGCACGCCUCCAGCUUGGUCCUCCUGCGGCGGCGCCCCUGCUCGAGUCCCGGGCCCUCUCCGACGCGCCGCUCGCCGCGGCGGUCUUCCGUCUCUUUGUGGGCCGGCUGGCCGACAUGGCGCGGCGCUCGCUCUCGGACCGGCGGCCGUGGACGGAGCUGCUAGACCGCUCGGCCUUCUCCCGCCCGGACUCGCUCUCCGAGGCCACCUCGCGGCUGCGCCGCAACCUCGGCUACUUCCGCGUCAACUACGCCGCCAUCGUCGCCUUCUUGCUCACGGCCUCGCUCCUGGCGCACCCCUUCUCCCUCCUCGCCCUCCUCGACAUCCUCGCCGCUUGGUGCUUCCUCUACGCCUUCCACCCCUCCGACCAGCCCGUCGUGCUCUUCGGCCGCACCUUCACCGACCGCGAGACGCUGCUCCGCCUCGUCGUUGCGUCCGUGCUAGCCUUCUUCCUCAGCACCGUCGCUUCGCUCAUCAUCUCCGGGCUGCUCGUCGGGGGCGCCAUCAUCCCCGCGCACCGAGCCUGCCGCAUGCCAGAGGACCUCUUCCUUGAUGAUCCCAGCGCUGCGUCCAGUGGCAACACCACCACCAGGCUGCUAUCCUUCCUUGCGUCGCCCAGAUCUGGGGUUUGACGCCUCCACGACUGGUAAUAUCCAGUCAAAUCAAAGUCUUAAAAUCGGGAGAGCUCUGGCCCCGUAGCUGCAGCAGAGAGCUUGUGGUUCCUAUGGUACUUAACUGUGAGUAGCUAUGGAUAUGCGGAUCUGAUUUUAGUUCUAUUUUGUGUCUCCAAAUGUGCAAAGAUCUGCUAGAGCUGUACUUCUCUUACAUUUCACCAGAAGCUAUACUGUGGAUCUACAUAACACUCCUAUUUGACUCUUCAUUUUAGAAGUUCUUCAUUUUAGGGAUUAUGUUAACUACGAAAUUAAAGAACCACUGCAGGUAUACACCUUGAACUAAUCUGCACAUCAUAAAAGCUUGUUUAAUUAGCUUUUCCUGGUAUCUCACUCACCAUUUCCUAGCUGAUUUGGUCAUGGUUUCACAUCACAUCAUAUUAACUCACAAAUGCUCACCUCUUCUUUUUGAGUUUUUUAGUGCCGUGACAAUUGGGAGCAACUUCUGGAGAGCAUCCCAAUAAUAUCUGAGAACAACAGGGUUGCUGAUUCAGCAUUUGGUCCUACUAUGAAGGUACUGUCAUCUUUAGAAUGUGACCUUUUGUGUUUCUCCUUUUUGUACCACUAUUUGUUUUCAGGCGAUACAGUGUUUGUGUCUAACAGCUGCACUAGCAUUUCAUCUACGUCACCAGUUCGGUACACAUUUUUUUACAAAAAAAGCUAUUUGACUGUGAUUAAAGUAUAAGUUUCUUGCAGAAGUUUAUCAUCAUCUUAUUCUGUUGGUGUUAUCUGUUUCAAUAGACCAAUUUAUUCUGACCAUCAUGUUGUGUGCGGGUAGUCAGGUUUUUUGAUAAACGAAAUUGUUUAUUUGAUGGGUGGAAAGGAAACAAAUUUAUUCCAGCUUUCUUUACAAGUGUUGACACAUUAAUUGUCAUUCUCUAUUGCUUAGCUGCUGGUCAUGGCUUUCCUUGAACAAAAAAAUGCCUGAUAGCUGAUAAUAGGCAUGAAACUGACUUUGAGAAUGGCAGAAAAAAUAGUACAACUGCCAGGCCUCACAUAUAUAUAUAUUAUUUUCUAAUUGGUUUAUUAAAAAUGGAUACUCUUAAUGCUGUGUUAUUGGUGCUUUGCAGUUCUACCAUCCUUGGGAAUAAGUUCGUUGCCUGCUAGGUAAGCUUAAGUUAGAUCAAAUAUUUGAACUGGAAACAAGGUUUCACUCAGUUUUAGUGGUAUUAUGAGUCUGUGUACGUAACACAUAAUCAUAUUUGGCAGGUCCCUUCCAUUUUUCCCUCUGUUAAUAUUGCACCUUACUUCUUUUGGAGCCCUGCAGAGCUAUGUGUUCCUGCUACUGCUGAUGCCUUCCUGUAUAAAUGAUUUUGUUGAGUUCAUGCCAUUUAAAUCCUUGACCUCAAUAUUUUGUGUUGCCACGUACUACUGUAAAUAAUAUGUUUACUUAUGCUGCAAUUAUAUCAAUUUGCAGUGCUUAAGUCCUUAAAAAAGUAGUGUCUUUUUUGUUUCUUUUCUUCUCCAUUGUUGUAUCAUUUUCAGUAUACCUUUUCCAAAACCUAUUAUGUUGCUCUAUGUUGUUCACCUUCACAGCAGAGUACCUAUUUCCAUCAUUCGUCUCUGAUCCACCUUUUGUUACGUGAAUUUUAGGACCGUUAUCUUCUUCAUGUUCUGAAUGAGAGGCGAGAGCAUGAUCAUGAUCUUUGUGUGCACCUGUGAAUCUACUAGGCUCCUUGCUCUCAUGUUAAGGAAUCUUGGUUUCAAAGCUAUGUCUAUCAGUGGCCAAAUGAGUCAGAUUUACUUUCUUUGACUUAAAUGUCACACACAGACAACUACAUGAUUAUUUCAUUUAGUUGGCUAGACCUCUGUGAGGUUUUACAUGUCUUCUCUAUUUCUUCCCUUUACUCUCUAAUUUUUUGGUCCAUUUUUCUUUGUCAGGAUAAGGGGUGCUUUGAACAGGUUGUAAGCAAUCAUAGGGGUCUCUGGGUGGCAUCUCCAUAACAUCUGAUUGCUUCUAUAAUGCUGGAUGGACCGAAGAUAUGCGCGAAGUUGUUAAUUUUCUUCAUCAGGAGUAUCCAGAGGCUCCACUAUUCACUGUUGGGACAAGCAUAGGUGCCAAUAUUGUAGUGGGUCAAGUACCUCGGAGAAGAAGGUUAGAGCACCCCUGUAGCUGGUGGUGCAUCUACUUGCUCACCCUGGGAUCUGCUGCACUCCAAUUAUGCAGGUGACCAACAGAUUUAUUUCACGCAAGCUUGUGCAGCGAUGUUAUGACAGAGCCCUUGCAAUUGGCCUCAAGGGAUAUGCAGAACUGUAUGUACAUGUUAGGUUCUUCCCUACUAAGUUUUAUGAACGAUUUUCAUUGCUUAUGAUCUGUCUCUACCUUUAUGUUUUCCUACUGAGUGCUGACUAAUGUGUAUUACUUACUGAAGAAAUCCUUAUCUGGUUGCCCAUGAUGCUUUGCCUCUCAACAUCUCUACCAUUUAGAAAUUAGCGUUACUUCUUCUAUGUGUAACAAUGCAAAUGAAUAGUGCAAGAUGGAAUCUAUUUUUGUUCCAUACUCA